AUGCUCUCCUUCUUCCGCAAGACCAAGUCCACCAUCUCCUCGUCGGUGAUGACCAACGCCAACACCUCCGAGACGACGCUCGUGCCCGCCACCAAGACGGGCAAGCGCAAGACGCCUCGUCAGACGCAGCCGUACCAGGCCGAAUUCACGGGCAUGGGUGGCUUUGGUGGCAUGCCCAACUUCCUCGAGCCCCCUGUUGCCGCUGUCAAGAUGGUUCCCGCCCAGCCGUUCAAGUCGACCCCCCGGGCUAGCUUUGUCGAUGACCGCGUCAGCGUUCUCAAGGGUCGAGAAUCGUUCGACACCCUCGCCACCACCGUCGCUGCCCCCGCGAGCUCAAGCUCCACCUCCCCCCAGCGCAAACUGCUCAAACAGCACAAGGCCUUCUUCAACAACUCGUUCAGCAACACCUGA